GUUAGGUAUGUAAUACGUCAUCAUCGACAAGGUGUCAGGACACACAGACAGACAGCAGAUGAUACACACAUACAUUGUUAUAUACUUCAAUUUUUGGUAGUUUUUAAAGGCGUUCACUAGAGGAUGGCAGAUUCAAACACAGCCUAUAAUGGAGAUUCAAAAGCAAAUGACAUGUUUGAACAGGAUUUAAAGGAUAUCCUGAAUGAUGGACAAGACUUGACAGAUGUUCACAAUACUGUGCAGAGUGGGUCCCCGAACAAGAUCAUGACAUCCUCAUACCCGGGAGCAUCCACUGGUAACUUUGGAGCACAAUCUGGUCUCUCUCGCUCUCAUACUAUGCCUCCUGCAAAUAGCAACAUUUCUCUGGCCUUACAAGGGGUUCCUCAAAACAAUGGUGGAGACUUCAUACCGAAGACAAUGCAAGCUGCUCAGACAAAACUAGAAACCAUUAAACACUGGAGUUUCAAUACCUUCAAGUGUACCAAACAGCUAAUUUCUGAAAAGUUUGGCAAAGGGUCCAAAACUGUGGACUUAGAACUAGAGACUCAAAUUGAAACCCUGAAAGAUAUGCAGAGAAAGUAUGCCAACAUUUUGCGGUUGGCGCGGACACUAACAAGCCAUUUUAGCCAGGUUGUGCAAACACAGAGAGCCUUGGGAGAGGCUUUUGCUGAACAGUCUCAGCGAAAUCCAGAGCUACAGGAAGAAUUCUCAUACAACUGUGAGACACAAAGGAAUUUGGUGAAAAAUGGGGAAGUCCUAUUGGGUGCCAUGAAUUUCUUCACUUCAACCAUAAAUACUCUAUGUAACAAGACAAUGGAAGACACACUUCUCACAAUUAAGAACUAUGAGGCAGCCAGGCUGGAGUAUGAUGCAUAUAGGAAUGACAUUGAAGCACUUCAGUUGGGACCAAGAGAGACCACCCCUGCCCACAAGUUAGAGGAAGCCCAGAAAAAGUUCGAGGAUCAUAAAACCAAAUUUGAAAAGCUGAGGGGUGAUGUUUCCAUCAAACUGAAGUUCCUAGAUGAAAAUAGGGUGAAAGUGAUGCACAAGCAACUACUGCUGUUCCAUAAUGCAACAUCAGCCUAUUUCACCGGGAAUGCCACAGCAUUGGAUGCCACUCUGAAGCAGUUCAACAUCAAACUCAAAUCUGCCAACUCUUCUGCCCCUUCUUGGCUGGAGCAUUGAAGUGGAGGAAAAACCAUCAUCUAGUCAUACAAAAUCUUGUGAAAUUCAACUGUGUGUGAGAAUUGAAAAUAUGACCAAGACUGAGGAAUAAGAGUUGUUAGCUUGUUUCAUCUUUAGUCCUUUGCAUGUUAUCAAACAUAAUAUAUUUAUAGUCCCUCUCUUUUCUUUUCUAAAAUGCUUUCAGCAUUUGUUUGUUUGGUUUUUUUUAUGGGUUUUUUAUAUGGUAUAUUAUUUAUUUUAGCAUACAUAGGUACCUUUGCUGUGACUUUUUUUUUCAUGCGUUUGGAUGUAAAUUUGAAGGUAUUAUAAAACCAUCAUAACUUGUAUGUCACUAACGUGUACAUUCCUGUUUCGGGUGAUAUUUUAUGUUUAUAAAUCUAGAUUUAAUGCUUAAUACUGAAAUGUUAAUUGGUAUCAACAAAAUUGUUUACUUGUUGUACUGUUAAUAGGGUAUUUGAUCAUAGAUUUAGAGUUUUAAAUUGAGGAGUAGCAUUUAGUAUUGUAAGAUCAGAUUUGAAUUAUUGGUUGAAAUGUACCUAGAUUUUGGGAAAACUAGCUAUGCAAAAAGUACAUGUAGCUUAUUAUAAAUUUUCUUACUGCUGUUAUUGACACCUUUGUUGUUACGUUUAAGCUUUAAUACUAGGUUCUUCCAUAAAAUAGCUUUCUUGAUAUUCCUGUAAUUCUCUCUCAAAUAAACUGAAACUAAGGCUGGCCAGCAUGAUUUUACCGCCAAUUUACAUUAAUAAGAUCUGUGCUUUUGUGCACAUUGGUUGUGAAUCAGUGUUAUAUUAUAGCUUACGUACACAUUUGUACAUGAAUUAUCCACGUCUUAUUUUACAAAUGAGCUUGUAAAUGUAUAAACUGUGUUGACUGAGUUCCACAUACAGCCUGACUACAAUCAGUAUCCACUUAUUUAAUGUCUAUUUAAAACAGAGUAUAAUGAAAAGGAACUGGCGACUGAAUUCAGAUAGAUCUACAGAUGCAUGUGUAGAGGUAUAUAUUCUUACCCAGUUAUUUAUUUGGUAUCUGUAUAAUGAUCUCAGAUACAUGGAGUGACUAUCGGCUGUGUAUUUUUUUUGUUUUUGUGUUCUUUAAUGUACAGAUACUGUACAUUAUUGUCCCCUUAUGUACAUAUGAGAAGUUGUUCAGCCUAUGACUGAUGGAUGGAGAUUGUUGCUGUUUUGUCCGAGUUGUUCAUGAUUCACUAUUAAAAGCAUUGUCUACAAAGUUAAAAGUCAUUGUUGUGGAAGGUACAUGUACCAUAUUCUGUAGAUCUGUUGGAAUGUCCUCUACUAAAUUUAGUUGAACACACAUUGUCCAUAUAUAUUUCAUUUAACCUUGUGAUUUAUUUAACAUAAUAUAGGUAGACUGAUCGUAAGUCAAGAUCAUCAAAGUGAUACUCAGGUCAGAAAGUCAAACGUCAUCUAAUAUAUUAUGUAUUUACUUUAAAGGUUGACCAUGAUCAGAAAUGACCUCUUGAUGUGUAAUACUAGUAUAAAUUCUUCACCAUUUUUUUGUUCAUUUAUUACAUGUAUUCAGUAAUUUCUAAAAAUGUAGAUUUUAAUUUAUUGCAUUUAUAUAUACAUCAUAACAUGGUUUAUUUCAUACCAUUUGUCAAAUGUGAAAUAUGAGGUAGACAGGUUUCAGAGAUUGAAUAUUAUAGAUCAAGGGCAAUUUUAUUGUAGCUAGAAGCAAAUGAUUUGAUCCAGCAGUAAACACAUAACAGAUGUAGUAAAUUUAAUCAUUGUGAAAUCAAUUUGUGCAAUCUCAAUUUCAUAAAAUACUGAAUUUCAUCCUCAGUGCUUCUAAUGACUAGACCUGUGUUGAGCGUUUUAAAGUUUUUAAUUUGCUCUAUAUUGGAGAGAGAAAGAAAUCAACAAAGCAAUAUUUUAUUUGACUGAUUUUGUAACAUUGAAUAAAAAGUUUUUCCGUGAAACACGUAAAAAUAUAGAAGGAAAUCCAUGUUUUGCAAUAUGCGUUCAUUGUUAUUAACUCCUCUUUUUUCAAGGCUAUGUAACUUUCAGAUGUAGUUAUUAUAUUCAUAUUUUAAAAAAUGCUAUUCAAAGAACAUAUAAUUCAUGUAACAUAGUUAAAUAAUUUUUCUUUAUUUUAAUGCUUGUAUGUUUGUAUCCAUUUUAUUACUUUCUCCAUUGAUUAAUUAACAAUUUCAUGUUUCAUUUGUCAACUGGUAAUAAGUGCUUUGUUGUAUUUCAGAUACAAUGAACCUGCAGUAAUGUUAAGAAAUUAAAUAAUACUUUACCUGCUCAUUUAUGUACACUAUUUAUUUGUACCAUUAAAUUUGAAGUGACAUCUUGAUAAAACCAUUGAAAAAUGA